GAAAUCCUCUAACCGGAAGUCUCCAAUUGUUGCCAGCUUCGCGGAGCUCUUCAGGCGGGCUGUCUUUGAAUUGAAUGUUUGCAGUGGGAAAAGCGGGACAGUAAUGUUUAGCAGAUCCAAGGUGUUGGUGUCGAAAUGAAUCCUUGGGACCCUGUGCCAUAUUCCGUGACUCCCGCUGCUCAGGUCCUUGCGAGAUGUGUUGCAUCAGGUGUUUUGGCUCAGCGGGAUCUUGACGCGGUCCCAAGAGACACCAACGUGUUCUCUCCACGUCUCAUUGUAGCUGAACAAGUUGCGGACUUGAAAAGGCAGUUUGACGUGAAAAACCUGGAGAUGGAGCUGUUGAAGCUUGAGAAAGAGAGCGCAGACGUAACCCACAGUUUCUUCCUGAGCCAGAGAUUUGCUGCCCUGCAGCAGUUUACUUCACAUCUGCAGGAGGUUCUCAGGGAGCAGGCAAGUCUACGUCAGAGACUGAUGAAGCCUCUGUGCCUGCAGAACCUGCCCAUAGAGGCCAAUCUGCACAGGUAUGUGGUGGAGCUCAUAGGUAUGGUGAUGGACCUGAUUGAGAACAUGGAGAGCAAGGUGAAGAUUACUCGCUCCUUCCCUUCCCUUGGCCCGACCAUGACCAGCCUGGACAAUGCUGUGGCCCAGCUGCUGACUCAAGUGGCUGAGGUUGAGGAGCUGGCUGGACAGGUGUUACAGUGGAAAGACCUGCAGCACCACAUGUUCACCACUAAUAACCAGACCUCCACCUGAGUCCAAGACCAACCAACCAGGAUCCAAAAUGUGCAUGUGUUCUUUGACCUCGCGCUUCAGUUACCAGCCAGUGCAGGUCCAGCAGCACAUCUAGUGAUAUGCUUACCCAGUACAGUUGAUUUUUGCUUAUUUACAAUUUGUAUUUUUAGGUGGAAUUCCAUUCCUUAAUCCUUAAUUCCUUAAUGUUGAGGACCCCCUUGAAAACAAGAUGGUGCAAGAUGGGGUUUAUCCUCUAAUUAAAUUUUGAAAUGAAAUAAAA